AAAACAUAUAAUUAUUAGAUUUUCAAAUUACGAGACUCAGGUGUACUGCUUCGUAAUAAUUAAAAGGACUAGUUUUGGAGUAUUUAAUGGCAAUAGCCUUUCAAGAAUUACAAGGCUCAUUUCAGAGAUGCUAGCCAUGAGAGUUGCUUUGAUGAUGCUUCUUGCUCUUAUGAUGCUUAAGGAUCACCAAGCAAAUAGUGCAGUACCAGCACAUACACAAAAAUUGAUCCACGAAGCCAAUUCGAAUGGCUCCUAUUUGGGCUUGGUGAUUCCAAACCUUUUUGAAAUGAACCCUCUUCUUCAGCAUCCCAACUACACAUCCUCCAAUUUUACCAUUGAUUUUGCUGGGAGGAGGUUUAGGUUUGGAACCAUUGCCGAGAAAAGAGUCAUAUUAGUCAUGACAGGAUUGAGCAUGAUUAAUGCAGGUAUAACCACCCAGCUCCUACUUGCUCUGUUCAAUAUAGAAGGAGUGGUGCAUUAUGGAAUAGCUGGAAAUGCUAACCCUUCCCUAAACAUUGGAGAUGUCACCAUUCCUCAGUAUUGGGCUCAUACAGCUCUUUGGAAUUGGCAGAGGCAUGGAGAUGGACCUGAAGAUGAGCUAGCCCUUGAAUCAGAUGGGGACUAUACAAGAGACAUUGGGUACCUCAGAUUUGCAAAUUACACGGUGAAUAAGACUGUACGUAAGUCAUCAGACAACCUUCUCAAUAAUGUCUGGUACCAACCAGAGGAAGUUUUCCCCGUAUAUGGAACUCCUGAGAAUAGGGAACAUGCUUUUUGGGUUCCUGUCAAUUCCAGCUACUUCAACAUUUCAAAAUCACUAGAGGGCUUGAAAUUGGAGGGUUGUGUGAAUGCCACAACGUGUCUGUCUGAGACGCCGAAAGUGGUGACUGUCUACAGAGGAACAAGCGGCGGCAUUUACUUAGAUAAUGCUGCUUACCGGAGCUUCUUAUAUGGUCAGUUCAAUGUGAGCCCUGUGGACAUGGAGAGUGCAUCAGUCGCUUUGAUAUGCCUGCAGCAAAACAUACCUUUCAUUGCUAUUAGGGCUCUAUCUGACUUGGCUGGUGGAGGAUCUGCUGAGUCUAAUGAAGCUUCUACUUUCACUUCACUUGCUGCAGAUAAUUCUGUGACAGUAGUUAUAGCAUUUAUCCAGCAAUUAUCAACCAAAUAAGACCAUCUUCGGAAUAGAAGCUAUGAUGAAUGUAACAACAGUAUUUAUUAGAAUAAAGAGGUUCUAUACCA